ACAAUACCCUGGGCUGGUAUAUCGUUUUGCAGAGGAGGAGCCCCAGCCAGGGGUAGCAGGUUUUUACUUUUCCAUCUCCUUUAACAAUCAUGUACUGUCUUUGAACAACCUAAGGAAGGCAUCAUAAGCCCUGUUCAGAAAGCUUGGGGGGGGGGCCUGAAAGAGAAACUGCUUUCUCCACACUGAAUUUGUAUAUCCCAUGCACUACUGGUUCUGACUCCUGAAACAAUGUAGAAGAAGCCGACCGAUUACCAAACCCGAAGGAAGAACCCUCUUCUACAUUUUUUCAAGAGUCAGAGAACAGAAAGCAAAAAAUAGACAAAAACAAAACAAGGCAGUUUUAGGUAGGAAUCCCCAUUAAAGGUGCUCAGUAGUACUAGCCUGGUGAGGGGGAAGGCUGCACUUUGGAACAGAUUAGAAGCGUGUCCUUAGCAGACCCAUGGGAGACGCAGGGCUAGGCUUUAGCACCUAAUGAAUGCAUUUACAAGCCAGGCUGGGAGGGAUAGAAGCGUAUUAUGUUCUGGGAGCAGCAGCAGAGCUUGCUAAUGAUUACUGUAUCACAAGCUCAGCUAGAUCGACCUCCCACACCUCUUUCCCAACACGAUCUUUAAAGCAAUGGGACUGCUACGAGCUGCCGCUAGCCACUGACCAUGAACUGCUGGUGCCAACGGUGCCAGGGACCUCCUCAGAAUGGGCACCGUUCAACCUGGAUCUUGGUUCUUCUGGUCAUCAUUGGCUCCUGCAUGCACCCCAUAUUAAAGAGCAUUUUCUCUCAAAUUCACUCUGCGAUCACCGGCAGUUACAUCUCAGGAAGCCAUUCCUUGGUUUUCGUCAACUGCCCGAAUGAGCAAAUUGCAAAAGAGAUUGCCAGGGGUAUCUUAGAGAAAAGGCUGGCUGCUAGUAUGAACAUCAUGCCAAGGACGUCAGUUCUGUCCAUUUGGGAUGGAGAAAUAGAGGAAUCUACUGAAAUACUCCUUAUUAUAAGGACAAACACAUUCAAGAUUUCUGAAUUGUUUGCCUAUAUCCGGUAAGCAACCAAUGCAGAGUAAACCCAGUGCCAUAAAUUGCCAACCAGGCUAAAUAUAUGAUACCUGCUGCAAGAUGGCAGAAGAAUUGAUAAUGGAAGAACGCCCUUUCUCCUAGUGCAGUAGGUACAGGUGGCUCCCUGCCUACCUGGGGAAGGCAAUUACUAUGCAGAUAAAAGAGGGGUGGUUUCACAUGGGCAAUUCCUUUCAGUGCAGUGGGUACAGGUAGUUCCUUGGCUGUUUGGGGAAUGUACAUCUUCUCUAGCAGAAG